GGCGGGCGGGAGGCGCGGGGGCGGGGUCGGCGCCGCGCGCGGAAAGCCUGGGCCUGGCCGGCCGCGCCCGCCGCCGCCCCCCGCGCCCCCGGCCCGGCCCCCUUCCCGAGAGCCGCCGCCGCGCCGAGCGCCGCGCCCGAGAGCCUUCGCCGCCGGAGGAUGCGACGCACCGCAGGGUAGUGUUCCGAACGGAGCACCUGCACUGCAUGGAAGUUAGCACCAGAAAGGGCCCUGUUUCCGCGCAGAAGGGUGUCACGUGCGUCAGGAUGAAGCAGGCGCCGGAGAUCCUCGGCGGCCCCGCGGGGAAGCCCCCGGGCUGCGACGUGAACCGCGAGUGCUCCGUGCUCCUGGGCAAGGCCCCGCUCUCCGCCAGCCUGCAGGAGGGCGUCGUGCAGAAGUUCAACGGCCACGACGCCCUCCCCUUCCUCCCGGCCGAGAGGCUGAAGGACCUGACCUCCCGCGUGUUCAACGGAGAACCCGGUGCCCACGAUGCCAAACUGCGUUUGGAGCCCCAGGAAACGAAAGGGGCUGAGACGCCGCCUCACACGACCCCCAUCAAAAACGGCUCCCCGGAGAUCAAACUGAAGAUCACCAAGACCUACAUGAACGGGAAGCCGCUCUUCGAGUCGUCCAUUUGUGGAGACGGCGCCGCCGCCGCGGCCCAGCCGGAAGGAAACGGACAGGAGCCGGAGAGUAAGGCGAGGAGGAGCAGGAAGAGGAGCAUCAAGUACGACUCGGCGCUGGAGCCGGGCCUGGCCGAAGCCGCUGUGGGGGCCGAGGCCCCCAGCCCCUCCGACAGGAAGAUUCCAGCUAAGAAAGAGCCCGGCCCCAGCCCCGGCAGAGACCGGGACCAGCUGCUGAGAUACAGCGUGGGCGACCUGGUGUGGGCCAAGGUGUCGGGCUACCCCUGGUGGCCCUGCAUGGUGUCCGCCGACCCGCUCCUGCACAGCUACACCAAGCUCAAAGGUCAGAGAAAGAGCGCGCGCCAGUAUCACGUCCAGUUCUUCGGCGACGCCCCCGAGAGGGCAUGGAUAUUCGAGAAGAGCCUGGCGGCUUUCGAAGGAGAAGGGCAGUUUGAGGAGCUGUGCCAGGAGAGUGCCAGGCAGGCGCCCACGAAGGCGGAGAAAGUCAAGCUGCUGAAACCCAUUUCAGGGAAAUUGAGGGCACAGUGGGAGACGGGCCUCCUGCAAGCAGCCGCAGCAGCCGCCAUGCCGGUCGAGGAGCGGAGAGCCAAGUUCACCUUCCUGUACGUGGACGGCCAGCUGCACCUGAACCCGCACGCGGCCCGGGAGGCAGGCCUGGCUGUGGAGGUGCCCGGGGCCGCGCUGGCGCCCGCAGGGGUCCCCGGAGGAGCCGCUGGGGACCCCGGGUCCCGGAGAGAAGAGGGCGGCCCUGGCAAGAGAGGGCGGAGAGCCCAGCUGGGGCGCGCUCCCGAGAGCCAGGACGGCGGCCCUGGGACGGGGACGGUGGCUCCUCCGAAGGUGGCUGAGCCCGGCUCCCCGAGAGGCCCGGGGUCUCCGCCCAGGAGGAGGAAGGCCGCGGCCUCCGGGCUGCGCAGCAGGAAGGGUGACGCCGCAUCCCAGUUCCUGGUUUUCUGCCAGAGGCACCGGGACGAGGUGAGGGCUGAGCACCCCGAUGCCUCCAGGGAGGAGAUCGAAGAGCUGCUGGGGUCGCAGUGGAACAUGCUGAGCGAGAAGCAGAAAGCCCGCUACAACACCAAGUUUGCCGUCCGGGCAGCGUCCCCCUCCGAGGAAGACUCUGGUAACCUCUACGGGAGAAAAAGAACCCCCCCGAAGAGGACUCAGGACCCUACAGGGGACGCUGAGCUUGAAGAGGCGCCCAGGAAAAGACUCAGGGCGGACAAGCAGGGUCUCCGGAAGAGAGAGACCCCUGCAGACAAAACACCCCGCACAGCGUCCUGCAAGGCCGCAGAGGCCCUGUCCUCCCCGAAGAGCCAGGCAGCAACAAAACACCUGUCUGACGCGUGCAAACCGCUGAAGAAGCGGAACCGGACGUCGGCAGCCACGCCCUCUGCACUCGCCUUUAGCAAGAGCUCAUCUCCCUCUGCCUCCUUAACUGAGAACGAGGUCUCGGACGGCGUGGGCGACGAGCCCUCCGAGUCCCCGGACGAAAGUGCCGACGAGACGCAGACCGAAGUGUCCGUCUCCUCAAAAAGGUCGGAGCGGGGCCUGACUGCCCGGAAGGAGCACGUGUGCCAGCUGUGCGAGAAGCCCGGCCGCCUCCUGCUCUGCGAGGGCGCCUGCUGCGGGGCCUUCCACCUCUCCUGCCUCGGGCUGCCCCGGCCGCCCGAAGGGGGCUUCGUCUGCAGCGAGUGUGUCUCAGGGAUCCACUCCUGCUUCGUGUGCAAGGAGAGCUCGGCGGACGCCAGGCGCUGCUCCGUGCCGCAGUGCGGGAAGUUCUACCACGAGGCCUGUGUGCGGAGGUUCCCCCUGACGGUGUUCGAGGGCCGCGGCUUCCGGUGCCCCCUGCACGGCUGCGUGAGCUGCCACGCCUCCCACCCCUCCAGCUCGCGCGCCACGAAAGGGAAAAUGAUGCGGUGCCUGCGCUGCCCCGUCGCCUACCACGGCGGGGACGCCUGCCUGGCGGCCGGCUGCCUGGUGGUCUCGUCCCACAGCAUCGUCUGCACGGCCCACUUCACCGCCCGGAAGGGCAAGCGGCACCACGCCCACGUCAACGUGAGCUGGUGCUUCGUGUGCUCCAAAGGAGGGAGCCUGCUGUGCUGCGAGUCCUGCCCCGCGGCCUUCCACCCCGACUGCCUCAGCAUCGACAUGCCCGACGGCAGCUGGUUCUGCAACGACUGCCGGGCGGGGAAGAGGCUGCACCACCAGGACAUCGUGUGGGUCAAACUCGGGAACUACAGAUGGUGGCCGGCAGAAGUUUGCCAUCCCAAAAAUGUCCCCCCAAAUAUUCAGAAAAUGAAGCACGAGGUUGGAGAAUUCCCUGUGUUUUUCUUUGGGUCUAAAGAUUAUUACUGGACGCAUCAGGCUCGAGUGUUCCCGUACAUGGAGGGGGACCGGGGCAGCCGCUACCAGGGGGUCAGCGGGAUCGGCCGAGUCUUCAAAAACGCACUGCAAGAAGCGGAAGCUCGCUUCCGUGAAAUCAAACUGCAGCGGGAAGCCAGGGAGACGCAGGAGAGCGAGCGGAAGCCCCCACCCUACAAGCACAUCAAGGUGAAUAAGCCGUACGGGAAAGUGCAGAUCUACACGGCCGACAUUUCCGAGAUCCCCAAGUGCAACUGUAAGCCCACGGACGACAGCCCCUGCGGCCUGGACUCGGAGUGUCUGAACCGGAUGCUCAUGUUCGAGUGCCACCCGCAGGUGUGCCCCGCCGGGGAGGCCUGCCAGAACCAGAGCUUCAGCAAGCGCCAGUACCCCGAGACCAAGAUCGUGCGCACCGACGGCAAGGGCUGGGGCCUGGUCGCCACGCGGGACAUCCGCAAGGGAGAGUUCGUGAACGAGUACGUGGGCGAGCUGAUCGACGAGGAGGAGUGCAUGGCCCGCAUCAAGCACGCGCAGGAGAAUGACAUCACGCACUUCUACAUGCUCACCAUCGACAAGGACCGCAUCAUCGACGCCGGCCCCAAAGGCAACUACUCCAGGUUUAUGAACCACAGCUGCCAGCCCAACUGCGAGACCCUCAAGUGGACGGUGAACGGGGACACGCGUGUGGGCCUGUUUGCCGUGUGUGACAUUCCUGCAGGGACAGAGCUGACGUUUAACUACAACCUCGACUGUCUGGGCAACGAGAAGACCGUGUGCCGGUGUGGUGCCCCCAACUGCAGCGGGUUCCUCGGGGACAGGCCGAAGACCUCCACCGUGCUGUCUUCAGAGGAAAAGGGCAAAAAGACCAAGAAGAAAAGCCGGAGGCGCCGGACCAAAGGCGAAGGGAAGAAGGAGUCGGAGGACGAGUGCUUCCGCUGCGGCGACGGCGGGCAGCUGGUGCUGUGUGACCGCAAGUCCUGCACCAAGGCCUACCACCUGUCCUGCCUAGGCCUGGGCAAGCGGCCCUUCGGGAAGUGGGUGUGCCCUUGGCAUCACUGUGACGUGUGUGGCAAACCUUCGGCCUCCUUUUGCCACUUGUGCCCCAAUUCGUUCUGCAAGGAGCACCAAGACGGGACCGCCUGGCGCUCCACCGCAGACGGGCGCUCCUACUGCUGCGAGCACGACUCGGGGGCCGAGGCGCAGAGCCCCUUCCCCGAGCCCAGGAGGCCCCAGGGCAGGAGGCGGCGGAGGUGCUGGCGGAGGGUCACGGAGGGCAAAUAGCACCUGGUCUGGCCAGGCCAGGGCUGCCAGGCCAGCCUGCCCAGGGUGGGCCGAGCUGGUGGGCUUGGGGCCGGGGCAAAGCCGCGACAGGAGCGCAGGCCUCUCGGGAGGGAGCGCCUCCACCACUGAGCCAUCGGCAGCCCCGCUGCGUCUGCACUGACCGCCUGAGCCGGGGGGCUCAGGGCGCCUGGGACGAACACCCAGGACGACACAGCAUUACAGCUACUUGAAUCGCCAAGAAUGUCGACUUCCCUCCCACUGGUUUUAGGUUAAAGUUGUGAUUGACAUGACCCAUGAAAUGUUUUUAUCUCCCCCAAAACCUAUAGCAUAGUUUUUUCUGAAUCGUUGGGGCUCAGACCCCGGAGUCCUCGGAAUCCGUGAUUUGGGUGGACCGGCUGUAUUGUACUAACGAAGUUUUCCCUCCAAGUGCCCUUCUCAUCGGAGCACACAGCUGGCCCAGGGUGGCGAUGGGACGGUGCUAGCUUCCGGGGUCGUCUGCUCUCUGCGGACUUGAACUGAGGGUCCCUGCCCCGUCAGCCUUCAGAGCGCAGCUCCCUCCUUGAGCCCAGCUCGCUGGCGUCUCCACCGCCCUGGCUCUUACCAACACCUGGGGAGACUUUGUACAUUAUUUUCAUUUGGCGUUUCUUUAUGUUCCUGGAUUUUAUUCUCAAUAUAUUUUUGCUAAACUUCUCACUACCACCGACUGAAUCUUGUAUUUACUGACGCGACCCUGAGUCCUCCCGCCAAGGUGUGGCUUCGGCGGGUGCGGCCGCGUGGUGGCUUGGUGACGACUCUCGGGGAAGGCCCUCUCCGGGGCCCGAGGAGAGGCG